AUGGCGCUAGAGAGGGAAAAUCUUGCUUUAAACAAAUCGACAAGGCAACAGUAUCCCUAUGGUGCCUUUGAAUGGAAAACUAGAUCUCAUAAUGCAGUGGACGGACUGUUUUCGGACAGGUCUCUUAAUGGUGGACAAUGUACUAUAUCGGGCAAUCAAGAACAAACUGCAACCUUGUUGGUGAAUUUAGGAAGAAUUCUCAGCAUACAUCAUAUAACAAUCUACUACAGGACGGAAAAUUUAGCAUGGGACUUAACCAAUAUCUACAAAAGACGCUUUCUUGGUUUCUCGGUUUACAUAUUGAACGAAACCGACAAAGAUGGCGGGAUCUUAUGUUUUAAGGACACAAACUACACCCAAGCUACCAUACCAAACAAUACUACAAUAGAAUGUGCAACCCAUGGACAAUACGUCAUUUAUUACAAUGAAAGACUUCAAGGAGCGGAAUAUCCUGAUGGAUACUCGAAAUACGCAUACAGCGAACUUUGUGAAAUUGAGGUUUAUGGAUGUCCUACCUCGGGUGUAUAUGGAGAAAAUUGUACUUUACCCUGUCCACGGAAUUGUCAGGAGGGAUUUUGUAACAUUGUUGAUGGGACCUGUCUUGGAUGUGUUGUCGGAUACAAAGGGUCAAAAUGUGAAAAAGAAUGUGAUAAUAAUAGUUACGGCCUUGAGUGUAACAUGACCUGUGGAAACUGUAGCAACGGAGAACAAUGUUAUCACGUGAACGGAAGUUGCCCAAACGGAUGUGACGUUGGUGCUCAUGGAAUUACGUGUGAAGAACCCUGUCCUGUUGGUAAACACGGAGAAAAUUGUUAUGAAGAAUGCUCUCCAAACUGUAAAGGCUGCAACAGAUUCACCGGUGUCUGUGAAUUUGGAUGUUACUAUGGAUGGAAGGGAACGUUCUGUGAAAGUGAAUGUGAUGGGCUGAUGUAUGGCCAGAACUGCAGUCAGUCAUGUGGUUCGUGUUUGAAUUCAGAACAAUGUCACCACAUUAAUGGUACAUGUUUAAAAGGAUGUGACAGAGGAUUUCUAGGAGAGAAGUGCACAGAUGAAUGUCCUGAAGGACAUUAUGGCUACAACUGUCAAGAUACAUGUAACAUCAACUGUGGGGUUCCUGGUAGAUGUGACAGAGUGACAGGACAAUGUCAAGGAGGAUGUCAGGAGGGGUGGAACGACCUUAAAUGUGACAAGGAAUGUGAUCGGGGCAGAUUUGGACUAAACUGUGCUCAGUCAUGUGGAAUUUGCGUUAGAAAAGAACAUUGUCAUAACAUAAACGGGACAUGCUUGAAUGGCUGCGAUAAAGGUUACCAUGGAAUCCAAUGUACACAGGGUGACGGAUUCAAGAAUGUCCGAACGGACGUUAUGGAUACAACUGCCAGGAAACCUGUACCAAUUGUACCGUUACCAAGAGAUGUGACGCUAUAUCAGGGCAAUGUAGUG